CUGCAUAGCAUUUGCAAGCUGUGGUUUAGAUAGUAUAAAUUAGUUAUUUUUCUUUUUUUCAACUAUCCUAAAAGAACAGUAUAAAUAAUUAAGCUUUUUAUACAGAGAAUACACUGGUAGUUCCUUACUGUUCCUUGAUUAUUUAGGUCAGUGGUUCAUCAACAGUCACUGGAGAACUUCUUAAGAUGCAGGUUUCUGAACCCUAUAUCCAGAGAUUCUGGUUCAGUAACUCUGAGUGGGGUCAUGAAUUUGCAUUUCUUACAAACUCCCAUAUCACUCUGAUGCUGCUGGGUCCUAAGAUCAUACUUGGAGAACCACUAACCUCUGUGGUACAGAAGAGACCUACUUGUAAUAAGGCCUCUUAAAAAAAUUCAGUAAAAUAAAACUCAAGUUGAUGAGGUAUUAGAUAAAUACCUCAGCCAAAACUAUUUUUCCCUUAAGCCAAAACUAUUUUUUAUUAUAGUACUACAUUAGUUCUAUUUUAUGAUAAUUGUAAAUUGGAUUUGCUUUGAGUUAGUUUCUGCAGCCCACAACUUCAGUUGCAAGUAACUAAGGAAUUUGUCCACCUGUCUCAUCUUUAGAACUGCGCUGUGCUCUGGCUUGCCAGGAGGAGCAAGGGUCACCCCAGCUCUGCGGCUGGGACUCCAGGCCAGGGUCACUUCUUUACUUGCACUAUCAGAGGCAGCACGUCCAGCUUGACAAACUCCAGGAGGCUCCUGAUAGGGGAGCCUGUGGGCGCCAAUCUAGGAGACCAAACCCCACCUGCUGCAAUCCGCCAACCCAACCCCGUCCGCGAGUCUUUUCUCCUCCUGGGUACCCUCGUGGAGCCGCGGUAGCCACGCGGGCACCAGAAAGAGUCCCUGGACUAACUAGGCGAGCAAGUUUGGACUCGCGGGAGAUCCCGCAGAAGUCUGCGCCCGGAACCGCCGCCUAGGAGCAGUCCCGGGAUCACCGCCUCACAGAGAGCCACUCGGCCUAAGGACCAACCCAGCCGGGCUCUCCGGAUCAGGAGAAGCUCCGCAGGCCCGCGAGCCCGUCCACUCAACUCGGCCCGGCCCGCUGUCGCCCUCGGGCUUUGCGAAGAUGACGCCCAAGGCCGAUGUCGGCUUCGUGAAGGAGGCUUCUCAGCAGAUCGUAGCUGGUGGUUCCGCCGGUCUUGUAGAAAUUUGCCUGAUGCACCCCCUCGAUGUGGUGAAAACCAGGUUCCAAAUCCAGAGAUGUUCAACUGAUCCAAACAGUUAUAAAAGCUUAGGAGACAGCUUUCUAACAAUUUUCCGAAGUGAAGGGCUGUUUGGUUUUUACAAGGGAAUUCUACCACCCAUAUUGGCUGAAACACCAAAAAGAGCAGUGAAGUUUUUCACCUUUGAGCAGUAUAAGAAAUUGCUAGGAUCUGUGUCACUGUCACCAGCAUUGACAUUUGCCAUUGCUGGACUGGGAUCUGGACUAACAGAAGCCAUCGUGGUUAACCCUUUUGAGGUAGUAAAAGUUGGCUUGCAAGCCAAUCGGAACAAAUUGGCAGAGCAACCAUCCACUAUGAGUUAUGCAAGACACAUCAUUAAGAAGGAAGGCUUGGGCCUCCAGGGCCUCAACAAGGGAUUUACAGCAACUUUGGGACGUCAUGGAGUUUUCAACAUGGUUUAUUUUGGCUUCUACUACAAUGUCAAAAACAUUAUCCCUAUCAAUAAGGAUCCAACCUUGGAGUUUUUGAGAAAAUUUGGGAUUGGUCUUCUCUCAGGCACAAUAGCCUCAGUCAUUAACAUCCCUUUUGAUGUUGCCAAAAGUAGGAUUCAAGGGCCUCAGCCAGUUCCUGGAGAGAUCAAGUACAGAACCUGUUUUAAAACGAUGGCAACAGUCUAUCAGGAAGAAGGGAUUCUAGCUUUGUACAAAGGCCUGCUUCCCAAGAUUAUGAGGCUUGGACCAGGUGGUGCAGUGAUGCUGCUGGUUUAUGAAUACACCUAUUCAUGGCUUCAGGAGAACUGGUGAUUGCCUAUGAAGUGUUUUUACCCCUUGAGAUAAUUCAUAUUUGCUAUAUAGCACUUUGAGACUGUCAAUCAGCUAAGCUGACACAAUUACAAAUUAUAAUUAUGCAACAAUUAUAUACAAUUAUAAAGGGGAAAACAAUUUAAGAACAAAACCUAUUUUGAUACUUCAAAAGUUAUUUCUACAUAAUUUGAGACUGUAGUUCUGGCUAUAUCCAUAAAAUUGUAAGAAGAAAAAUAAUAUAAAACCAUAAGGUAUGGAGACUGAAUAUAGAAAAAUAGCAUAGAAAAACAAUAUAAAUUUUGUGACUUAUGCUUAACCUACAUCAUUACACAAUGAAAAUCCAUUGUUUGAUUGUUUUUCCCAAGAGGCCAAGAAAUGCUUAAAGUUAAAAAAAAAGCCAAAAUUAAAAUAUUUCUGAUAAGAAUUAAAGUCUUCCAUAUAUAAUAUUUAAAAGUCACAAUGAAAAUAUUUUUGAAGUGCACUAAAGUGGUCUUUUAAAAAUAUUGACUUUUAUGUUAAAAUGUAUAUCUUUUUUUAGUAAUAAUACACAUCUCAGCUCUACUUUUAAAAAUCUAUUUUAUAUUUUGCAAUGUUGUUUAAAGCAGGUCAUACUUUAAAAUCUAGAUAUUUGUGGUCUCUCAUGACAAAUAGAAAACACGAAGUGAUAUUAAACUGCUUUCCUUCACAUUGUUCCGUUUGAAAACCAGUUUCACCAUUGAAAUGCGCUCAUGUUGAGUCACGCGUGGGAACCACUCUUUGGGCCCAUUUGUGCUGUCUGCCUUUGCAUCCAAAUACCUCUGUUAACUACUCUUACUAUGCCACUCUUAAAAAGGAUGUUUCAAAUAAAAGAACAUUUCCAGGUUACUAGUUAUAAGUACCAGCUUCAGGCUGUGAAGUCUAUUUGCAAUGUUAAGAUAUGUAUUAUUUGGGAAAAAUAACGUUUCAAAAUAGAAGUACAUUCUUAGCAUUUCCAAAGAUUCCUGCUCUAACACACACUUCAAAAAAUAUCUUCUUGGCCUUGAUAUAAGCACAGAAUUUUAUAUCCGCAUCCUUAAAUGAUGCUACUUCAGUAGCUAAAAAUCACCCAAAAUAUCUGCAUGUUCUAGGUGACACCUGUUAUUAACUAUGACUGUGGGGUAUUUCUACCAUGAAGCUAUGUCACUAAGGCAUUUUGAAAAUAAAAAAAUAAAAGAUAA